AAUCCGAAUAAUCGUUGUAAAGAAAUGGCGCUCUUUUUCCUUCCUCUCCUCCUUUUUCCCUCCAUUUAUCUGUUUUAUUUUUUCCAAUUAGGGCAAAAUAGAUGGCGCCAUUAGAAGAUUUAGAGCGAAUCUAUCCGAUCAUCGAUUCCGAUUUCCGCAUGUUCUGUGCUUCUCACGGCAUUUUCACCGAUGAAGAUUUCCUUUUGCAUGAUCUUUCUGCAUUAGAGGCUUUUGCUGCACCGGAAAAAUUGAAACAGGGAAUUAAGCAAAUAAUCUCUAUAAUGGAGAGUCGGCAACGACCUUGGCUAAAUGGUCUGGAAUUGUUAGAAGAUGCUCAACUUAACAAGUGUACUCUAUCGACAGGAUGUGAAAGGAUUGAUGUGCUUCUGCAAGGAGGACUACGCGAGGGUCAUGUAACGGAGCUAGUCGGGCCAUCAUGCUCUGGUAAAACUCAAGUUUGCCUCAAAGCUGCAUCACAUGUGGCAAGGAACUCUUUGGGAAAGGUGGUCUACUUUGACACAGGCAACUCUUUUUCGCCUAAACGCAUUGCUCAGUUUCUCAGUCUGUCAUCAGAUGCUUCAACUGCAGAGUUCAACAAAACUGUCGAACGGGUUAUGAGAAGCAUAGUUUGCCACUCUGUGUUUGACAUCUUUACCCUCCUUGAUAUGCUCCGCCAGUUAAUCAAUAAUUUGAAAUCUCAGAUUGAUUUCCAGGUGAGGAUGCUUAUCAUUGACUCACUCUCAUCACUUAUAGCUCCAGUUCUUGGAGGUGGCGGUGCACAUGGACAUGCCUUAAUGGUUACUGCUGGAUUCUUGUUAAAGGAGAUUGCACAUGAGUUUAACGUCUGUGUCGUGGUGACGAACCACAUGGUGGCCGGAGAAGCUGGUAUAUCCAAACCAGCACUGGGAGAGAGCUGGAAGAGCAUUCCACAUGUUAGGCUUCUGUUAUCCAAGAAGUAUUCAACCAAUGGUACCUGCAUCACAAUACUUAAACAUCCAUAUCUGGUAGGUAUCUCGUCUUCCCGUCUUCUUACCUUAGGCAUGCUGUUCAUACAUUGCAUAACUGUCUCAUUAACAACACGGUAUUAACAUUAGUGAUGUCUCUUGCCUGGCGCCCCUUACGAGGGACGGUGAAGCACUAGAUGCGUGUCGAGAACAAAACUUAAAGAGUGAUGACAAACAGUAAAUUUCUGUCAUGUGUGGUUAGAUUGUAGUAUAUGAAAACUAUACUCUGAAAAUCAACUUCAGAUUCUGCUUAUAAGAACUAAGGGGAAUAUGUGACUCACCUAAAAGCAUGAUUAUAUUUUUUUUUCAUGAUCCCUCUUCAUUGCACUCUGCUACAAGAUUUCUGUGACAUCAAUAUUCGAAAAGUUUGUGAUCUGAUGUUCUUGUUUCUCUUCCUCGGACUACUGAAAAGGGCACAAGACUUUGUGAUAAUGUGAAAGGAGAUUGAUGAGGAAAUGUAUGUAGAGUGAGUGAGUGGAGAUGAUGCAUGAAGAAGAAGAAGAAGAAGAAGGUUGUUUAUGUGGAGAAGUAUUGAGUCUGUCCUCUCAUGUCAAUUGGAAAAUAGGCUUCAAAUAUAUAUUCAACCUCUUUAUGGUGUAUAGUUAGACUAUAAACUUAUUUUGAAGUAUAAAAUAUAGUAAAUUGUUCACGUGAUGAAAUUUUGUAUGAAGCAUGAUGAAUUUGUUAGUAGAAAAUAAUGAACAUAAAAAAUGGAUUUUUCGCCUCCA